GCUACUUGACAGUCCUCUAGGAGCCGCCGCGGUCGUGCGGGUACGCCGCUUGGGAAAUAGUGCGGGAGAUUCAAAUAGUCACAUUUUUAUUAUAUCGAUUUAGACUUUAUUAAAUAAAGCUGUGAUACAUCAGUGUGUUUUUGUGUGUUGGGAGAUUUAUUUGAUUUUUUUGGGCAUGCGCUAAUGAUGGGGAUGUCAUCUUUAAGAUCGCUGUUAUUAGCAGCCUUCUUGCUAAGUAACGUCUCCUGGUCAACGUCCAGACACCACUUUAGGCACAACAUUCAUGGACACAGAAGCAGACAUAGGCGGCAAGAUGCAGGCUUGUUUCACCCGGCUUCUUACGUAAUACCGGGGGGCGAGGGAACCGGGGUGUGGGGAGAAUGGGGCAAAGUAUCUCCCUGUUCCAGGACUUGUGGUGGAGGAGUCGCCAAUCAAAAGAGGAUUUGUCUUGAAGUUGGUCUAGAUAACCAGCCUCUCUGCACUGGUGGAGACACAAAAUACUUCUCGUGUCAAACUCAAGACUGUCCAGAAAGUGCCGGAGACUUCAGAGCUGAGCAAUGCGCUGAGUAUGACAACCAGGCGUUUAGAGGCAGCGGCAUAAAGUAUAAUUGGGUGCCGUACACUAAGGCCCCAAAUCCGUGCGAGUUGAACUGCAUGCCUCGUGGGGAACGGUUCUACUACCGGCAGAAAGCUCAAGUCAUUGACGGUACUCGCUGCAACGAUGAAUCUUUUGACGUUUGUGUUGAUGGAGUCUGUCAGCCUGUUGGAUGUGAUAUGAUGUUGGGAUCGAACGCACGGGAAGAUAAAUGCAGACAGUGUCGGGGCAAUGGGACUAACUGCCACACAGUCAGCGGUCUUCUAGACACGGAUGACCUUCGAAAAGGUUAUAACGACAUGCUACUUAUACCUCAAGGUGCUACGAAUAUUUUCAUUGAGGAAGUCAGAGAAUCUAACAAUUAUUUAGCGCUGAGAGCGAAACAAGACAAUGUGUACUAUCUGAAUGGAGACUACCAUAUAGAUUUUCCAAGAAGUCUAGUUAUUGCUGGAUCAUUAUGGCAUUACGAACGCAGUCAACAAGGUUACGCCGCACCAGAUAAACUGAGAUGUCUCGGUCCCACGGACGAACCGCUCUAUCUCUCGCUCCUCUUACAAGACUACAACGUUGGUAUCAGCUACGAGUAUAGCGUCCCUACUGCUUUAGCUCCUCCUUCAAACCAGCAAUACAACUGGGUUCAUGAAUCCUUCUCUGAAUGUAGUGCAACAUGUGGUGGAGGAUAUCAAACUCGUCAAGUGACAUGCCGGUCCAGAGAAGAAUUAAAUAUAGUAGAUGAGAGUUUGUGCGACGAGGGUCUUAGACCGGCUACAAACCAGACAUGCAAUAUAGAGGCCUGUCCGCCUCGCUGGGUAGAAGGACCUUGGAGCCCUUGCUCUAAGCCUUGCGGCGACGGUGGAACGAGAUCACGACAGAUCUACUGCGAAAAAAUUAUUACGAACAGGUUUCCAUCAAUAGUGGCGGAUAAGGAGUGCUUCGACCUCCUCGGACCCAAGCCUGAGUUGUAUCAGACAUGCAAUGAGAACGCCACCUGUCCUACUUGGUUCACGGGACCUUGGAAGCCGUGUGAUAAGUUAUGCGGAGAGGGUAAACAAACACGACAAGUUGUGUGCCAUCAAAGAAUCGAUGGGUUCGUUCGAAUAUUCGAAGACAGUGAAUGUGAGGAUGAAAAACCGAUGGCCGAGAAGAAAUGUAUUUUACACCCUUGCGAUGGAGUCGACUGGGUUCUGUCCGAUUGGUCUGGAUGCGACACAUGUCUGUCUUCGGUCCGCACUCGGGUGGCUCUCUGCGCUACCAAGGAUCGUAAAGUAGUAGAUUCAGAAUUAUGUUCAUAUCACCCAAAUCCAUUGUUGGUGGAGGAGUGUGAUCGCACCAAGCUACCGCCUUGUCAGGUGCAGUGGUACGCCACUCAAUGGAGCAACUGUUCAGUGGAAUGCGGCAAGGGCGUGCAAACUCGUAGAGUAUUUUGUGGUCUAUUUGACGGUGCUUCUGUUAUGAAAGUCGACGACGAGAGAUGCGACCAAGAAUACAAGUAUAACAGUACGAAAGAAUGCGAGGUACCGCAGGAAAAAUGUCCCGCCAAAUGGUUCGCGGGUCCCUGGUCUGAGUGCACUAAAAAAUGCGGCGGCGGUGAACAAUACCGUCGGGUGAUGUGUCUGGGUGGUGGUAAAGAGAUUCUCAUGUGCGAUAAGGAAGCCGUACCAGACUCCACACAAUCGUGUAACAUCGGACCCUGCGACAAAGAUGACUUGCUACCGAUCGACUCAAAGUCUACUCCGAUAAUGGAUGAUUAUGAUGAUGAAGAAUGCGUCGUCGAAGAUUAUGAGUAUCCGGAAGAGGGAGCCGAGGCUUACGUGUCUGAGGCAUCUGGAAGCCCGACCCUGUUCCCUGAAUUCAUCUUUGGCGAUUCCGACGCAACAAUGUCAUCGGACGACACCGGUUCUGGUUUCGAGACAACUGGGACUUACGAAACAACAGAUAUAACUGGUUUUACUGAAACAACCGAGACUGAUUUAUUAGAAGGGUCAGCAAGUGGUCCGACUGAAACAACAGAUAUAAGUGUAGUAACAGAAGUUAGUACUGAAAACUCAGAUUCAACUGUAACUGAUGAAACAGAAGCGAGCACAACCGAAGUUUCUGAUGUUACCUCGUCAGGAAGUAGUGAUUCCAGUGAAACAGACAGUACAGAUUCAGUUUCAACAGAAGAAACAGAAUCUACUUCAGAAUAUUCCCAAUCUAGUACAACAGAAAGUAGUUUCAGUAGUACAGAUAAUGGAAUGAGCACAACAGAAGAUGAAUUAAAAACAAAUGAAAGUGGAUCCAGUACAACCGAGAGUGGUAUUAGUACAACAGAGAGUUCAACUGAAAAAGAAUCUAGCACACAAACAACAGAUUUCGUUAGUACAAUUGGAAGUUCUGAAUCUAGUGAAUCCAGCACAACAGAAAGUGAUUCAUCGAGUACUAUAGAAUCUUCAUCCCUCAGCACAGUAAUAAACGAAUUUGAAACAAGUACAAUUUUGUCUAGCACGACCGAGGAUGAAUUGAGUACACUUGAGAGUGAACCUAGUACUACAGAAAAUUAUUCGAGUUCAUCAGAAAGUGGGUCCAGUGUGACAGAAAGUGAGUCUAGUACAACUGAGGGUACGGAAUCUAGCACUAUAUCAAGUUCUGAAUCUGAAAGUACAGAAGGUAGUACAUUAGAAUACGAUGAAUCUAGCACACCAAUAACUGAUUUAUCUAGUACAACGGAAACUGAUGAAUCAAGUACAACUGAUAAUGUUUUAACAAGCACGACUGAACUCUUAGAAUCUAGUUCAACAGAGAGAUCAGAAUCUACCUCAACAGAAAAUGUUGAAGUAUCCACAACAGAGAGUGUUCAAGUAAGUACAACAGAAAGUGAUAAAAUAAGCACAACAGACAGUAUCGAGUCAAGUUCAACGGAAAGUGUUGAGUCGAGCACAACAGAUAAUAUUGAACUAAGCAGUACAGAAAGUAGCCAGUCAUCUACAACAGAAACUGAUAUUUCAAGUACAUCGGAAAAUAUAUUAUCUAGUGUGACCGACAUUAGCGAAUCUAGUACUACGGAAAGUGAAGUGUCUAGUUCAACAGCUACUGAUGAAACAAGUACAAUGACUACUUUCGAAUCCAGUACAACAGACACAUCCCUAUACAGUACAUCAGAGGAAUUUGAAACUACAGAGACUAGUGAAUUUUCAUCUACGGAAGGUAUUAGUGAUAGUACCACAACCGUUAGCAGUACAGAAUCUACAGAAUCAAAUCCAACAGAAUCUUCUGAUAUAACCGGAACUAGUGAAAGCUCCACGGCAACAGCAGGUAGCACUGAGUCUAGUUCAAUUACUGAAGAAACAGUUACCGAAGAAUCUGUUGCACCAAAAUCGACACCUUGGGAUUGGGCGUCAACGAUUGAAGUUUUCACAAAGAAACCUUGUAGGCCCAGAAAGAGAACCGCAAAAUGUGUCAAAAGUAAAUUUGGAUGCUGUCCGGACAAAAGAACACCUGCUGCUGGACCAUUUGACGAAGGUUGUCCAAAUCCCAAAACAUGCAAAGAGUCGAAAUUCGGUUGCUGCCCCGAUGGUGUUUCACCAGCACCAGAACCGAAAGGCAAAGGUUGCCCCGUUACUCUUUGUAACGAAACACUUUAUGGAUGCUGUAAGUCUGACAACAUCACUGCUGCUGAGGGUAACAACCAAGAGGGUUGCCCACCUCCGCCACCUGUUUGCAAGUCAUCUGAAUUUGGUUGCUGUGAAGAUAAUGAAACAAUUGCUAAAGGUCCUAAUAAAGAAGGAUGCUCAGAAACAGUAACUGAAAAGGUAACGCCAGUCGUUGCAGUGGGAUGUGCUUCCUCAGAGUUCGGUUGUUGCUACGACAACGAGACCGAUGCCUCUGGUCCAAAUGGUGAAGGAUGUCCUUGCAGUAUUAGUGAAUUCGGCUGCUGUCCUGAUGGUCUCACUACAGCUGGUGGCGCAAAUAUGGAGGGCUGUGUAAUGUCAUGUAACACGUCGGCUUACGGCUGUUGUCCUGAUGGAGAAACUCCAGCACAUGGACCGGAUUCUGAAGGCUGCUGUGUUCAGACUUCGUUUGGUUGCUGUCCUGACAACUACAAACCUGCUGAGGGACCGCAUCUUGAAGGUUGUGGUUGUCAAUACGCUCAUUACGGUUGUUGCCCUGAUAACGUCACAGUGGCCCGGGGACCCAAUAUGGAUGGAUGUGGCUGCGCGCACUCUCAAUAUGGAUGCUGUCCAGAUAGACACACACAAGCUCAGGGUCCUGAAUUUGAAGGAUGUGGUUGUCACACGUAUCAAUUUGGUUGUUGUUUGGACGGUGUUACUAUCGCUUCGGGUCCUGAAAUGCAGGGAUGUCGCUGUGUGGACUCCAAGUAUGGAUGCUGCGGGGAUGAAAAAACUCACGCUAAGGGACCCAAUAACGAGGGAUGCGAUUGUUCAAAUAGCAAAUAUGGCUGUUGUCCCGAUGGCAUAACUGAAGCUCAGGGUGAAAAGUUCCUUAAUUGUACCGACGCUCCUAUAAAUAGACAAGCGGCCUGUGCACUUGCUAACGAUGGAGGGCCAUGCCGCAAUUACUCAGUUUAUUGGUUCUACGAUAUGACCUAUGGCGGAUGUUCCCGAUUCUGGUAUGGUGGUUGUGAAGGCAACGGUAACCGAUUUCUUAGUGAGGAGGAAUGCAAAGACGUGUGCGUUCAGCCAUCACCAAAAGACGCUUGUAAUCUUCCGAAAGUCAAAGGAGCAUGCCAGGGUUACCACGUUCGUUGGUAUUACGAUUCACAACGUGAACAGUGCUCUCAGUUUGUAUUCGGCGGAUGUCUCGGCAAUGCAAACAAUUUCGACUCUAAAGAGCUCUGUCAGGAACGCUGUGAACCGGAGAAAACUGAAGACACAUGUAACUUACCUAUCGAGCGUGGUCCCUGCGCCGGUAACUUUGCCCGUUGGGGCUUCAAUCCGGAAAAACGGCGAUGCGAACAGUUCGUCUGGGGAGGCUGCGAAGGGAACGCCAAUCGAUUUAAUUCAGAAGCUGCCUGCCUGUUACAGUGUGAUCCACCCGGAACUCCGAAACAGGCAUGCUCGCAGUUACAAGAUGUAGGAAACUGCACUGAGAAGCAUGCGGUGUGGUCGUUUAGUCAGACGGAGAACCGCUGCAUCCCCUUCUAUUACUCUGGUUGUGGUGGCAAUGAUAACCGCUUUGAAAGUGAAAGCUCAUGCGCCAAAAGCUGUCCCAGUGUUUAUGAGCAAGAAAUUUGUACUCUCCCUGCUUUGACCGGUGAGUGCGCGGACUAUACACAAAGGUGGUUCUUCGACACUACAAAACAGAGAUGUCGGCCAUUCUACUACGGAGGGUGUGGUGGAAAUGAAAAUAACUUCUACUCAGAAAUGGAAUGUGAGACGCGGUGCUCGGAACAACCGGUCACGACCACCGUGCAGCCGCUCACGAUGCCGCCGACACAAACACAACCGAACGUCCCUACGCCGGAAAGAUCUGAAUUUUGUUACCUGGAAAUCGACAGCGGUCCAUGCACGCAGCCUCAGACACGUUAUGCGUUCGAUGCUUCCCGCGGUACGUGUGUGCAGUUCCAAUACGGCGGCUGUGGUGGCAACCGGAACCACUUCCCCAGCCUCGAAUACUGCCAGUACUAUUGCGGAGUCAGUCAAGAUGUAUGCCAGCUGCCGUUCGCGGAGGGUCCUUGCGACCAGUCCAUCAUGCAAUGGUUCUAUGAUGCUGCCUCCGACUCCUGCAGCCAGUUCACAUACGGAGGCUGUGAGGGCAACGGGAACAGGUUUAAUACACUUGAGGAAUGCGAAAGCCGAUGUCGUCAAAGUCUUCCAGCUACUACGACAACCUCGUCUACUACUACUAUAACACCGGUGUACGUUUCGAGCGAAUGUCAAGUAUCUCCGGCGUUAGAGGAGUGUCGGGAGAGCGGCGAGGUGUGGUAUCUGGACCAGGAGCUUCGCACUUGCGUAUCUUUCGUUAACGAGGCCGAGGGCUCAGGUUGCAGACACACGGGGGCCUUCCACUCUCAAGAAGCCUGCGAGCGAGCUUGCGGAGCCUUCCGAGGACUCGAUGUUUGCCGCUACUCCCUCGAUCCGGGUCCUUGUCGCGAGAUGGUUCCCAAGUUCUAUUACAACGAAGCCACUGGCCGCUGCGAAUCAUUUACAUACGGAGGUUGUCACGGAGGUCCCAACCGUUUCUCUUCUCUUGAAGAAUGUGAACAAAUAUGCAGACCAAAUACUGAUCCUUGCAUCCAAUCUCCUGAAUCGGGCAACUGCUUGGCUUACUUCGUUAUGUGGUACUACGAUAGUUCCCGAGAUGAAUGCGGUCAGUUUGUGUAUGGAGGCUGCAAUGGCAACGAUAAUAGAUUUGAAACACAAGCAGAAUGUGAAGGUCGGUGCAAGAAGGGUAUUAUAACUACGACAGCGUUUACCCUCGCCUCGGUUCCGUCCACGACCUCGACUUCAACCUCGACAACAACUACGACGACGACCACUACACAGGCGCCAUCACCAACGCCACAGUUUAUAGUAGAAGCGGAAUGCUCAACCCCAGAGUCAUUAGCGGUGUGCGGCAAAAACAUUACGGUGUAUUACUUCGAUACUAGGACUCAAGCUUGCUUAGCCGGAGAUUUUGGCGGCUGUAGGUAUGCCAACAGUUAUCGCACUGAAGAAGAGUGUCAGAGACGAUGUGGCGCCUUCAGAGGACUGGACGUUUGCGGUUCUCGUCUUGACCCUGGUCCUUGUUUGAACACCAUUCCUAAAUUCUACUGGGAUCCUCUCUCUGGCCGAUGUCUGAGCUUUGCUUAUGGAGGAUGUCACGGUGGACCGAAUCGCUUCUCUACUGUGGAGGAAUGUGAAGAAAUCUGCGGAGCGACUGGACCAGAAGCGCGUUGUCUGGUGCCGGUGUCGUCGGGUACUCCGGGCUGUGGGGUUCCCUCGCGUCGCUGGUACUACAGCGUCAGCUUCGGGGACUGCCUGGCUUUCGUCUACUCUGGCUGUGGCGGCAACGAAAAUAACUUCCACACGUAUGAAGAGUGCGCUGCCUGCAAGAGUGAUUACUUGAUCCCCGAUAAAGAAACUGGCAACGAAGUUUUACCCGACUGUGAUGAUUUUAAUGCGGAGUGCGCAGCCCUGGAGUGCAAAUAUGGAGUGCAGAGGAUACGCGUGGGAGGAGGAUGCGAGCGAUGUUCAUGUAUCGCGCCGGAGGUUGACUGUGAACCGUUAGCCAAGGAAUGCAAGAACCUCAAGUGUACUUAUGGACUCCAAAAGACUACUGACGAUGAUGGCUGCGAGAGGUGUAAUUGCAUCGAUCAUCCUUGCGCCAACAAGGAGUGCGAAAUUGGAGAGCGUUGUGUUUCAACGCCCUACAGAGAUGCAAUCUCGCAAGAAAUUCUUUACUCCUCUGACUGUAGAAUUGCAAACAAAUCCGGAUCGUGUCCAUCGGAAGCUGUGUCAUUAACGGCGACGGAGAGUCAGUGUAGGCGCCAGUGUAACGAUGACGCAGACUGUCCUGGUGUAGGAAAGUGCUGCGAACGUGGCUGUAGUCAUCUCUGUCUGGAACCAGUAUCACCCACCAGCCCCACGGCACGACCUGUGCCCAUCUAUGUACCUGAACUGCCUCAAGUGCCAUACGCAAAUGAGGCGACGGAGCCGGAAGUCCACGCCACUCUGGGUGGCAAAGUUACUCUACGCUGUUUGUUCCACGGCAACCCCCCGCCCAAGAUCACCUGGCAGCGAGGACAGAUCACGAUCGAAGGAGACGUUGGUCGGUACCGACUAAUGUCUGAUGGCUCGUUGGAGAUUGUUUCCCUUUAUCGCAACGACUCCGGGGUCUACAUCUGUGUGGCGGACAAUGGACUUGGAAUAGCACGCCAAGAAAUCAAUCUACAGGUUGAAGAUGGAGUGGACGGACCGGCGGGCAUAGCUGGCCUCACUGAUACCGUGGUGGUCGGGGAGCUGGGCCAGCCGCUCAGCGUCAGGUGCAUGGCUUACGGAUAUCCGACACCAUCGAUCUACUGGUACCACGGCCGGAACGGACCCAUGGUGCCCUUCAGCAGCCCGCAGUAUGAAGCCAGAGAUAACAUUCUACAAAUAAGGAAGUUGUCCAUUGACACACUUGGCGAAUACAUCUGUCAAGCUUAUAAUGGAAUCGGCAAACCGGUAGACUGGUCGUUAAUCGUGCAGGCGUAUAGAUCCGAUGACUCUGUUGACUCGCCGUACUUAGUGUCACGACAGCAUGAAGUAUUGAUAACACCUAGGGAACCUCAAACUGAAGCUACCACGACGAUCGCACCGGAAAUUGAGAUACCCGUCUACACCGUUCCCGUUACAACUCGUAUUGUUUCUGAACGCACGCGGCUGGCUGCGGGAUCGGAGCUUAAUCUGUUGUGUGAAGUCGAUGGCUAUCCCGUGCCGGAAGUCUACUGGACCAAGGACUCAGUCAGAAUAUCAUCGGAUGAGAGAAUCAGAGCGACAGAGGCGCGAUUGACGGUGAUGAGAACGAACACGAACGACUCCGGCGUGUACAGCUGCCACGCAUUCAACGCCUACAACUCUCAUUACUCCAGUGUGGAGAUUAGCGUCGAAGGUCUGUACAUUCCACCCACUUGCAAGGAUAAUCCGUACUUCGCCAACUGUCACCUCAUAGUACGCAGCAAGUUCUGUCACCACAAAUAUUACUCUGGAUUCUGCUGCAAGUCUUGCGUGGAGGCUGGACAGCUGGACCCUCGAGAGUUGGAGCUGCAGGCGGACAGUCCCCUGUACCGGAAGUAGUCGGGACUAGUUUAGAGACUAUUCACUUAUUGGCCUAGUAGUAGCUCUAAUGUGGAGACUCACACUUAUUGUUUUAAUUUUAUUUGAAUACAUUAAAUAAUAAAAUCUUAAAUUAAAUUUGAAUAGUCUCGCUGCGUGGACAUCGCAAUCGUUGAUACUCAUUUGGUGGUGCCAUAUUGAAAACAGCCAAACACAAAGCGCUCCCGCAACAUAACAUAAUUACCAUAGAUAACUAAUUAUUGUAGAUAAAAACGUCAAUGUAAAUAAUGUUUGUCACAAAAGCUCCAUCUGUGAUGGAAGUCGGAAAUAAAUCGGAUAAGAAAAAAGUAUAGAGGCUUAAGUCGACUACGUAAGGUAUAAUUUGUAACUUUAUAAUUUGUGUUCUUAGCCUGUACUUAGAGAUCUGUUGUUAACGGAUUCGCAUAUUUUUUUUACUGUUUUAAACUUAGCAUAGAUAGUUAAUAAAUAUGAAACGUUAUUCCACUCCCCGUCAUCAAGCGGCUUGUGUGCAAUCAAAGGAACCGAACGAUGAACUGAACGAGUCCGGAACACAGUUAUUUAUUUCUUAAUAAAUAUUAUAAUAAUUGUAAUUGUGAGACAUAAUAAUUUGUGUAUGUGAAUUAUUUUUAUCAACAGUGUAAAUAAAAAUAAAUCCCGUUUAAAUAUAGAA